CACAUACUGCGAUUAAACCAGAGUCCGCCCCUCGUCUUACUCGCCAUCGUCUGGUUAGGUAUCACACAUAACGGGAAAAGAGGACCGCCGCGAGCAUGGCUAGAGAGUUUGAGACCAUUUACCUUGGCGGGAAAAUAACUGCCAAGGGAGUUGGGCGACUGAAAAUUGCCGAGGCCGGUAUAGGGUGGAAGAAUGCAGCCAAUGGGAAGGUGACAGCUGUUCCGGCAGCAGAGAUUCAGAAACUGUCGUGGCAGCGCUGUGCUCGAGAGUUUCAAUUGCGAGUACAACAGAAAGAUGGAACGAUUGUGAAAUUUGAUGGAUUUCCCAGAGAUACUUAUGAUACGCUCGCUCACUUGAUAAAGAACCUAUAUCAUAAGACAUUGGAGCGGAAGGAACUAUCUGUACGGGGCUGGAACUGGGGAUCUAUAGAAUUUCAAGGAAAUAACAUGAGCUUCAAUGUGGCAAAUCACCCUGCGUUCGAAAUACCCCUGAACGAAGUUGCCAACGCGACCUUGGCUUCUCGUAAUGAAGUUUCAGUGGAAUUUGCAGGGUCAGAUGGGGAUCCAAAGUCUUCGCGAGGAGAGGACGCUUUAGUGGAGGUCCGCUUUUUCGUUCCGGGUGUGGGAACUCAGAGUCAAGUGACCCAGAAUGAAGACGGUAUUCGACUGUUCAAAGAUAAGGAUGAAGAAGGAGACAUCAGGGUUGACGAUGGCGUGGACGAUGAGCCAGUGGAAGAGAAUGGAGAAAAACCUGUCCUCGAUGAGGAUGGAUCAGCGCUGUCGUCGGCCAGCCUGUUAUGCGAAACUAUCAAGCAAAAGUCGGACUUCGGAGGGGCCUUUGGAGAAUCUAUUGCGAGCUUCGAAAAUCUGCUGUGUCUCACUCCUCGCGGUCGGUUCGAAGUGGACAUGCACGCCGAUUUCUUCCGGCUUCGUGGGAAGUCCCACGACUAUAAAGUUCUAUACGAUUCUGUCAUUAUGCUGGCUUUGCUCCCAAAGCCUGAUGAUUUGCAUUUCAUGCUCGUUGUGGGACUGGACCCUCCACUUCGACAAGGACAAACUCGAUAUCCUUUUCUUGUGUUCCAAUUCGAAAGAGAGGAUGAGAUGGAAAUCAGCCUUGCUAUGGACGACGAGACGUUGACGACAACUUACGCUAAUCGACUGAAGAAAGACUACGACGGACCUAUUUACGAAGUCGUUAGCGACAUUCUAAAGGGCUUAUCCGGAAAGAAGCUGACUACCCCUGGCGGAACCUUCAGAAGCAAUCAAAACCAGAGCGGAAUUAAAUGCGCGUACAAGGCAAACGAGGCCUUCCUGUACCCGCUGGAGAAAUUAAUCCUAUCUAUCCCAAAACCUGCCAUCUAUUUCUCCCACAAUGACAUCGCUGCUGUGACGUUCGCUCGCGUGGGCCAGGCAGGCGGGAACACUUUGAAAACCUUCGAGAUCAAGUUUAAUCUCCGAGAUGGGCCUGAGUACACAUUCAGCAGCAUCGCAAGGGAAGAACACGAUCCACUCAUGGCGUACUUCCGUGCGAAAAAGAUCCAGGUUCUUAGUGAGCUUGUGGAUACUGGUGUCGGUUAUGUCGAGGAUAGCGACAUUGAGAGUGAGGAGGAACCGGUUAGAAAGCGAUCGCGAGAUGAGGGUGAUGGAUAUGAGGAUGAGGACGAAAGCGAGGAUGAAGAUUUUGCACCUGAAGAUGAGAGCGACGUUGCGGAAGAGUAUGAUGAACAAUAUGCUGGCAGUAGCGAUGAAGAGGGCGCGGCUCCAGAUGGUGCCAACGAGAAAAGUGAUGCUAGCGACAACGAAGAUUCUAGACAGAAACCGAAAGGAAAGGUGAAACCGGAAGGGAACGUCGCAAAGAAGGAGGAUAAAUCGAAACAGCCAGCCAAGAAAAAAGCUAAGAAAGACGCGGCAGCUCCUAAAAAGAAUGUCUCGGCAUUUCUCCUUUUCUGCAAAGACAAACGACCAGAGGUGAUGGAUGAGAACCCUGGACUGUCUAUCACUGAGGCGUCAAAGAAGUUGGGAGAACUAUGGAAAUCCAUCACGCCUGAUGAGAAGAAGAAAUAUGACAACUUGGCCUCGGAAGACAAGGAGCGGUACGAACGAGAACGCAAGGUCUACGAGGCCGGAGGCGGAGGGAGCUCAAGCAAGGGAACAACGUCCGCCAGUGGGAGCAAAAGCAAGGGAGCACCCUCCGCGAGUGGAAGCAAAAGCAGUGGCGACGGAAAGUACAAAAGCGCGGAAUUUGUUGACAGUGAUGAGGAUUAAAGCCCGAGUAUCGAACACAAUGCAUUCUGUAGAAAUUCUGUAAAAUAUUAUUCGGUUUGUGGCUCUUUGUGGCUAAGCA